AUGAAAUUCUCUACUUUAGCUUUAACUUUAUACACUACAGCUUCGGUUUAUGCUGCUAUUGAUGCGGAAAAAAAAUUAGCAGCCAGAGCAGACGAAACUACUCCUGCUGAAACUACUCCUACUGAGACUACCCCAACUGAAACUACUCCUACUGAGACUACCCCAACUGAAACUACCCCAACUGAGACUUCUCCAACUGAAACUUCUCCAACUGAGACUACCCCAACUGAGACUACCCCAACUGAGACUUCUCCAACUGAGACUUCUCCAACUGAAACUUCUCCAACUGAGACUUCUCCAACUGAGACUACUACUGAAACUACUCCUACUGAAACUACUACUACUGAGACUUCUCCAACUGAAACUUCUCCAACUGAGACUUCUCCAACUGAGACUACUACUGAAACUACUCCUACUGAAACUACUACUACUGAGACUACUCCAGAACAGCAGACCACUACCCCAACCGCAACUGAAACAACUCCAGCUGUUCCACCAGCUGAAGCUGCCGCCGGCGGAGUUGCUCCACAAUAUGGCUUUGCAGUUGCUGCAAUUGCCAUUGGUGCUGGUUUGAUCUAA